AUGGAGAGGUGGAGACCAAAGGAGGCAAGGAGAAGGAGGCAAGGAGAAGAAGGCAAGGAGAAGAAGGCAAGGAGAAGAAGGCAAGGAGAAGAAGGCAAGGAGAAGAAGGCAAGGAGAAGAAGGCAAGGAGAAGAAGGCAAGGAGAAGAAGGCAAGGAGAAGAAGGCAAGGAGAAGAAGGCAAGGAGAAGAAGGCAAGGAGAAGAAGGCAAGGAGAAGAAGGCAAGGAGAAGAAGGCAAGGAGAAGAAGGCAAGGAGAAGAAGGCAAGGAGAAGAAGGCAAGGAGAAGAAGGCAAGGAGAAGAAGGCAAGGAGAAGAAGGCAAGGAGAAGAAGGCAAGGAGAAGAAGGCAAGGAGAAGAAGGCAAGGAGAAGAAGGCAAGGAGAAGAAGGCAAGGAGAAGAAGGCAAGGAGAAGAAGGCAAGGAGAAGAAGGCAAGGAGAAGAAGGCAAGGAGAAGAAGGCAAGGAGAAGAAGGCAAGGAGAAGAAGGCAAGGAGAAGAAGGCAAGGAGAAGAAGGCAAGGAGAAGAAGGCAAGGAGAAGAAGGCAAGGAGAAGAAGGCAAGGAGAAGAAGGCAAGGAGAAGAAGGCAAGGAGAAGAAGGCAAGGAGAAGAAGGCAAGGAGAAGAAGGCAAGGAGAAGAAGGCAAGGAGAAGAAGGCAAGGAGAAGAAGGCAAGGAGAAGAAGGCAAGGAGAAGAAGGCAAGGAGAAGAAGGCAAGGAGAAGAAGGCAAGGAGAAGAAGGCAAGGAGAAGAAGGCAAGGAGAAGAAGGCAAGGAGAAGAAGGCAAGGAGAAGAAGGCAAGGAGAAGAAGGCAAGGAGAAGAAGGCAAGGAGAAGAAGGCAAGGAGAAGAAGGCAAGGAGAAGAAGGCAAGGAGAAGAAGGCAAGGAGAAGAAGGCAAGGAGAAGAAGGCAAGGAGAAGAAGGCAAGGAGAAGAAGGCAAGGAGGAGAAGGCAAGGAGGAGAAGGCAAGGAGGAGAAGGCAAGGAGGAGAAGGCAAGGAGGAGAAGGCAAGGAGGAGAAGGCAAGGAGGAGAAGGCAAGGAGGAGAAGGCAAGGAGGAGAAGGCAAGGAGGAGAAGGCAAGGAGGAGAAGGCAAGGAGGAGAAGGCAAGGAGGAGAAGGCAAGGAGGAGAAGGCAAGGAGGAGAAGGCAAGGAGGAGAAGGCAAGGAGGAGAAGGCAAGGAGGAGAAGGCAAGGAGGAGAAGGCAAGGAGAAGGCAAGGAGAAGGCAAGGAGAAGGCAAGGAGAAGGCAAGGAGAAGGCAAGGAGAAGGCAAGGAGAAGGCAAGGAGAAGGCAAGGAGAAGGCAAGGAGAAGGCAAGGAGAAGGCAAGGAGAAGGCAAGGAGAAGGCAAGGAGAAGGCAAGGAGAAGGCAAGGAGAAGGCAAGGAGAAGGCAAGGAGAAGGCAAGGAGAAGGCAAGGAGAAGGCAAGGAGAAGGCAAGGAGAAGGCAAGGAGAAGGCAAGGAGAAGGCAAGGAGAAGGCAAGGAGAAGGCAAGGAGAAGGCAAGGAGAAGGCAAGGAGAAGGCAAGGAGAAGGCAAGGAGAAGGCAAGGAGAAGGCAAGGAGAAGGCAAGGAGAAGGCAAGGAGAAGGCAAGGAGAAGGCAAGGAGAAGACUUAAUACGAUACUCACCUACAAGCUUAAAAUGAAGGAGGGCACAUUAGAACCUCCUCUGAAUGUUGAGAACCUGAGGGAAAGUGCAGUUGCAGAACAAUAUGCCAUAGAAAACAAAAACCCUGGAAGCAAGGGAGAACAUGGACAAAAAGUGGAAAGAAAUGAAGUCCAUGGUACUAAGUGUAGUGGAGGAUACAUUGGGAAGAAAGGAAAGAACAAAGAAGAGAAGAUUGUUCAACAAGAGAUUUCAGAAGGCUACAGAAAAGAGAAGGAACAUGUGGGAGAAGUGGUUGGUUGA